GCCGAGCUCCUCCGCGCCAGCAGGGGGCGCUGCCGCCGCGCCGGAGCCGCUCUGGUACCGCGCGGGGCUCGGCCAUGGCGGCGGGCGCCAGGAGGGCCGUGUACCCGCUGUUCCAGAGGGGCGGCCCGCAGCUGCGGAUCUUCCGCCCCAACUUCUUCAUGCUGGCGGUGCGGCCCGGCGUGCCCCAGCCCGAGGACACCGUGCAGUUCCGCGUCUCCAUGGAGUGCGAACAACAAGAGGAAUCACAGGAAUCAGAGGGUGAAGAAGCCAGAUUACAAGGUUGCCUAUGUACAGCUGGCUUUUUUUUAAGGAGGUGGCAUAUGAGCUUGAACCUCAGUAGCCUCUGGCAUUAUGUGGAAGAUGCACUGAGUGUAAAUAAGCCUGGACAGACUCACAAUCCUUUAUGGCCAAGGACAAACCUUUCAGUUUCCCAACCUAUUUCCAGAGAAAGAACAAGACGCAGAAACUCGCUCUUUCGAUGACUUCAGGGAUAAAUAUAUGGAGAAAGAGAAGCAGAAGCAGGAAGGUGACCCCAGACGAGGUGGAGUCCCUGAUUGGUUUGGACUUUGAUGCAACAAGCCAGCUGCCUUCCUUUAGGCUCAGAGGGAUUUUGAUUAGCGCAACUUGCACUCUUCUCGUAAUGAUCGAAUGUUUAUUCUUGAGCAGCCCUUGCUAACAUGUUUUUUUUCUGGCUGUUUGUGCAUUACUACAGCAAAAUGGGCGUGAGGAAAUAAAAAGGUGAAAUAAA